UAUUAAUUAGUUGGAGCAUCACAAGCAAAGCAAACCCAAAUCCAAAUGGUUCCUUCCGACAAAGCUCGAUCCGAGUGUGAUCUCAUGUUUCGGCUCUAACUAUGUUUGAUUUCGAUACCCAACAAGAGUGUCGUGUUAUUAAUAGGACUAAGAGUAGCGCAAGUAGACAACAGUGGAAAACAUGAACAUCAGUGGCGGAGGAGGAACUGUGAUGGGUUUCAGUAGUAAUGGGAGGUCCCCAUUCACAGUGUCUCAGUGGCAGGAACUGGAGCACCAAGCUUUGAUUUUCAAGUACAUGGUUGCGGGUCUUCCUGUGCCUCCCGAUCUCGUCCUCCCCAUUCAGAAGAGCUUCGACUCUACUCUCUCUCACGCUUUCUUUCACCAUCCCACACUGAGUUAUUGUUCCUUCUAUGGGAAGAAGGUGGACCCUGAGCCAGGACGAUGCAGGAGGACUGAUGGAAAAAAGUGGAGGUGCUCCAAGGAAGCAUACCCAGACUCCAAGUACUGCGAGCGCCACAUGCACCGUGGCCGCAACCGUUCAAGAAAGCCUGUGGAAUCACAAACUAUGACUCACUCGUCUUCAACUGUCACAUCACUCACUGUGACUGGUGGUGGUGACAGUAAUGGAACUGUAAACUUCCAAAACCUUCCCACAAAUGCCUUUGGUAAUCUCCAGGGUACUGAUUCUGGAACUGACCGCACGAAUUAUCAUCUAGAUUCCAUUCCCUAUGCGAUUCCAAGUAAAGAAUACAGGUGUCUUCAAGGACUUAAAUCUGAGGGUGGUGAACACUGCUUCUUUUCUGAAGCUUCUGGAAGCAACAAGGUUCUCCAAAUGGAGUCACAGCUGGAAAACACAUGGCCUUCGAUGUCAACCAGAGUUGCCUCUUUUUCUACAUCAAAAUCAAGUACUGAUUCCCUGUUGCAUAGUGAUUAUCCCCAACAUUCGUUUUUAUCUGGUGAAUAUGCAUCGGGAGAACACGUGAAGGAGGAGGGCCAGCCUCUUCGACCUUUUUCUAAUGAAUGGCCUAAAAGCAGGGAGUCAUGGUCUGGUCUGGAAGAUGAUAUAUCCAACCAAACAGCCUUCUCCACAACUCAACUCUCAAUAUCCAUUCCUAUGUCUUCCGAUUUCUCUGCAACGAGCUCUCAGUCCCCACAUGAUAAUUAGAGCAGUCCUUCAAGAUUUUCAGUGCAAUGUUAUGGAAGGAUCAAAUAAGUCUAGUAGUAGAUGUGUGGUCCAAAGGAAAUCCCAUGUUCAAGUAUUUUCAUUCAAGCUGAGCUGUUGUACAACUUUAUGGAACCUCAGCCAUUUGUUAUAAGCAAGACCAUAAUCUUCUUAUUUGAUGGUGGGUAUUUGUUGAACCUUGGAACAUUCUUGGUUUUGUAUCUAAUGAAAACAUAAAUACUUCGUACUGAAUGAGUUUAUGCUGAAUAAAGUCACUAGUUUUGUUCAUGAA